UCCAGCUCCCUGCCAGUUCCUGCCAGCUCCUGCCAGCUCCUGCCGGCUCUCUCUCUCUCUCUACCCAAGCUCACCAGCCGCAUAUCAAGGCUUGUGUUGUGGCCCCAUAACUGGCCCGACUGGCUGCAGUCUUCUGCUCUUGUUAUUUCCCAUCAGUGACUUUGAUCAGUGACUUGACUUGGCGACGAGUCUGAAGUGGACCUUUGCCCCACACUCCAUCUCGUCUCCUUGGCAGCUGCUCUUCCGUGUUGGUCGAGAGUAAGACAAAGAGAGAGCACUCACUUGAGGGCUGGGGAAAACGGGAGAAAGAAGAAGGGGCAAAACAAGACAAUGCUUUGAGCCGGGUUUCCCUCCCACUAUGAACGCAUCCCCGCUGCUAUUGGACGUCCUGGACGACGACUACCUCUUGUUGCAGAACGGCGGCUACGGCGACCACCUCGAGCACGACCCUGCCGACCGUCUCCACCAGCCCGAGCCCGAAUUCGACCUCGACCUUGGUCUUGAUCUUGGUCUUGGUUUUGACUUGAACCCGUCGCCGUCGGCCUCGUCUUCUUCCCGCUCUUUCCCUUUGCCCCUUGGCCACUCGCCUUCCAUCUUUCCCCCCGACUCUGACUCGGCAUCAGACCUGCAAGUGACUGCCUCUGCCUCUGCCUCUGCCUCUGCCUCGGAUUUCGAUCUCGCCUCGGGCCUUGAUCUUAGUUCCGGGCCCGGCCUCGACCUUGACUCGGGCCAAGACACGACAGACCCAGCAGGGGCAGGCUCGACAGGCACAGGCUCGAGUUCCUCUUCACCUAACCCAGACCCACUUGUCGAUCGGCCCCGUCUUCACCACCUGCAGUCUAACGACUUUAAUUACAACGACGACAUUGGCAUUGGCCUCGACUGGCACCACUCGCCGCCACCCCGUCCUGCCCGGCCCGCCACGCCCGCCCGUGCGAGCCUGACUCCAGAUAUCCACCACCACCACCCGAUCCGCCACCUUCACCACCGACCUCAACAUCACCAUCACCACCGUUCCCGUCUGCACAGUCACAGCCACCGUCACCGUCACCGUGACCACCACCAUCAACCAGGCAACCGCCCUUCCCCUCCUCCUCCACCUGCCAACCAACACCAACCUCCCCGACGCUUCGACCCCCAGCCCGUGUCCCAGCGUCACCUGGCAUCGCGUCACCAGGCAUCGCAAGACAACCACCACCCCCUCCCCCUCGCUGAACCCUCCCUGCGACACGGACAAUCCCAGCGCUCACGUCGCCAGGGCCAUACACAGCAGCAUUGGGGGCAGGCAACACCAGUGCCAUUCCAGAAUAUUCAAGAUCAGCACCAAGGCCACAACCAGCACGAGGCUGAUCUUCUGCUGCAGCAGCACCUACGCCUGCAGAGGGCUCGCAGGGCUGCACGGUCGGCCAGGGAGGCUGGACCCCGACGUCCAGGGAGAGGCAACUGGGGGCCACAGGCGCCAGCAGGGAGGACAGCUGCAGAAGAAGAACAAGACAUCGGGCCAGGUCAGGAGCACUUGUACCAAGGCGACAGUUCGAGCAUGGAUCAGGACGACGAGCUCAUCGAGGUCGUGUUUGAGGGCCCCGCCCCAGGAGCUGCUGGCCCCCAGCGCAGACAACAAAGGCAGGCCAGGCAUCUGAGGCAGCAGCAGCGCCGCGAUCACCAGCACCAGAACGACAACAACCAAGGCCAAGACUUGAUGGAAGGAGAUGUUGAUGACAAUGUGGACCACCAGGCUGCCGACCAGCAUGUCCCAGUGAUUGACCUGACAGAGGAGCCCGACAGCCCUGAUCUUCAACGGCACCGCCCCAUCAAUAUCCUGCGACACAACAGUCACAACCUGGGUCAUAACCACAGGAACAACCACAUUCACAUCUUUGAUGAUGAUGAGGACGAGGAGGAUGAGGAAGGUGAGGGUGGAGGUGGAGGUGGAGGUGGAGGUUUUGCAGUACACGUACUGCCCCCGAGACACCCCAGGAGGCACAUGGCUGCGCAGAAUGGGCGCAUGCCAUCUCUCAACCGUAGUGAUGGCAGCAUCCUGAAUGGCAACGCUGCAGCUGUCAUUGACCUUACCCUAGACUCGCCCGACGACAUCAUCCCAGCGAAUCGACGGUUACCUCCCCCACCUGCUGCUGCUGCUGCUGCACAACUCCACAACCAACCUGCCCACCGCAACCACCACCAUCGUCGACUGCCAGCCCCAGGUUCUGCUUCUCCUGCUGCCGGUAUCCCCCCUGGCAAUCGUGCCCAGUAUCAGGAGUUUGGCCGCCAUCUUAUUGGGUCCAUUCGUGGUCUGCUCCCAAACCUUCUCGCACAGGCUGUCAACAAUAACAACAACCCCAGAGAAGCUGAGGUACAGAUCGUCGGAGCCAUACCCGUUCCACCACACCCCUUUGGCAACAUGGAUCCCAACGCCCCUAACGCCCUCAACCCCCUCGCAGGCAACCCGCCUGAGUUCAACUACCAGGCCAACGGCUUUGGCUUUCCUGGUGGCCGCCAGCCUACCCCCAAGCCUGACUUUCAGCCCCCACCCCCUGCCAGACCCGGCUUCACUCGCAACACCCGCCCAGAGGGAGGGGACAAAGACGACGACGAUGAGGAGGAGCACGUAGUCGUCUGUCCCAGCUGCGGGUGUGAGCUGAAGUAUGAUCCCGACGAGGAGGAUGACAACCCUCGGCCUGCCAAGAAGGCCAGGGGAAAGAAGAGCCAGGAGGAGCACCACUUCUGGGCCGUCAAGAACUGUGGCCAUGUCUUCUGCAAGAAAUGCUACGAGAACCGCAAGAAGCACAGCAAGGGCAAGGACUCGGCCGCUGCCAAGACCGGCUUCCGCUUCCAGCCCAGCGAGACAUCCAAGUCGAUCAAGAUCUUCUGUGCUGUGGAUGACUGCGACUCCGAGGUGUCCCCCAACUCUGCCUGGGUUGGCAUCUUCCUGUGAGCAGCUGGCUCUUUAGGCAGCCACCGUGGCCGGCAGCGGAGGAGGUGGGACUUGGCAUGGUCUUGCCUACCUAGUGUCACACAGAACACUGCAUCAGCCGCCACGACACUGGCUUUUAUGCCUCUUUUUUUGUUUGUUUGACUAUCUGUAUAUUCACAGACCACCUUGACUCAUCCACCUGCGAGGCGUUGGGGAACAGGAGCUUCACAAUUAGAAGCUACAUUUGAGGGCGGCAAGGAGGGGGGAAAGCAUACAUCCCACAUUUCCACAAAAAGUCUGGUGGCCACAAUGGAUGGCAGACAACGGGAUGAUACCAUGGCUCACUCAGCAUGCACCUCUACAUAUCCGGAUGGGCUAGGCUCAUGCUUGCAGCUCACCAUUGCAUACGGCAUCACUGGCAGGCUUCUAGCAGGGUUUUGUGUAGCUGCAGGCCAUCGAGAAUGAUUUCCAUGCGGUGUUUUUUGAGAA